AGUCAAUCUAAUUUCGUAGCAAACAAGUUGGCCGACAGACCAGUACUAUUAACGAUAAUUUUGCAUCUUCACUCACAGUACGCGCAAUUGACUCCGUCAACCCAUGCAAUUAUUUCUUCUUUAACUUCACUAGAACGCGGGCUUAUGUUCACUCCAUCUCCUGUACCUGAAUGUUUGUCUACAGAGAGUUGUGGAAACCACGACCCCUAGAUCUCCGUAAUCCUCUCUCUUUCUCUGAUCUCCCUCUCUGGCUCUCUCUGUUAAUUGUUGAUGACAAGAGGAAUGACAGCCUUCCCUGCUGGACUCAUGGUCCUCUUUAUAGCUGUUCUGGUCUUCCUCCAGCUUCUUCCUCCAGCUUCUAGUCUUAAUGAUACUCAUGAUAACUACUCAUGUGUUCCUUCUUCCUGUGGCAAUAUCUCCAACAUCAGCUAUCCAUUUCGACUGAAAGGGGAUCCACCGAAGUGUGGAGACACAAGGUAUGAGCUCUCAUGUGAUGAGAACAGCCAUACGUUGUUAUCUUUCAAUGGUAGUAGAUACUACGUAAGCCAAAUCAAUUACAACAACUACACCAUCCGAAUUGUAGACGCAGGUAUUCAGGAGGAUAAUUACUCCCUCACCCCUCGUUAUUUUCUAAACCAUCGUUAUUUUCUAAAUUAUUUUGGAAUUAGGGAUUAUGUUGAAUAUUCAACAUAUGUACACGCGAGCUCAACUGGGGAUUAUGUUGAAUAUUCAUAUUCAACAUCUGUGAGAAGACAAAUAUUCGAGAAAGAACUAUCACGAGUUGUGGUUAUUGUGAAUUGUGAAAAGCCAGUGGCUCCGAGUUCCUCUUUCUAUCUCGUCUCGAUUUCUACGAAUUGUUCUAAUAUUAAUAAUGGAUCUGGAUCUGCUUCCAACUCUUCUUUGUCUCAAUAUUCCAAAAGGUACCUAUAUCUUUUUGUUGAAAAGUAUUAUCAGAACAUCAGUGUGAUGGAUAUGGAGGAGUCGUGCAUGAUAGAGCAAAUGUCUCUGAUAUCGUGGCCAGAACAAAUUAAUGGAGAUUCUAAUAUUUCCUAUACAGACCUCCGUAAUGUAUUCUCAUCUGGUUUUGAGCUUUCAUGGUUCUACCCAAUUUAUUGUGGAAACUGCAGUGGCUUUUGCUACCUCGGUGACGAUAAUCAAGCUCAUUGCAACCCAUGGUCGGGCCGAUUUACUUUCGCUACUUUCUUACAAUAUCUGUCAUACGUUAGAAUUGUAGUUCGGCUAGCUUAUUUUACUGGAUCAUGGGCCAUCGGUCGGUUCAAACUAAUAGGAAGAGAAUCGAUAUUUUUUGUUGUAAUGGAAGUAAUAAUUGGAUUCUUGCUCGAUUGGCGUGUGCCUUUUAGCGUGUUAGGCACUCCAUUUGUGAUUGCAUUUUUGAUAUAUAAAUGGCGAAGGAGGCACUUAUCCAUGUACAACGCUAUUGAAGAAUUUCUACAAAGCCAAAAUAACCUCAUGCCAAUAAGUUACUCCUUCUCAGAAAUUAAGAGGAUGACCAAAGGUUUUAAGGAAAAAUUAGGUGAAGGAGGAUAUGGCACAGUAUUUAAAGGAACACUUCGAAGUGGAUAUCUUGUGGCAGUAAAAAUGUUAGGCCAGUCAAACACAAAUGGGCAAGAUUUUAUCAAUGAGGUGGCAACUAUUGGAAGGAUACAUCAUGUUAAUGUGGUGCAACUUAUUGGUUAUUGCGUUCAUGGAUCAAAGCGUGCUCUUGUAUAUGACUUUAUGCCCAAAGGAUCUCUAAAUAAAUACAUUUUUUCUUCGGAGGAAAGUAUCUUCCUAGACAAUGAGAAAACAUAUAAUAUUGCUCUAGGAGUGGGUCGUGGGAUUGAGUAUUUGCAUCGAGGAUGUGACAUGCAAAUCUUGCAUUUCGAUAUCAAACCUCAUAACAUCCUUCUAGAUGAGAAUUUCACCCCUAAGAUUUCUGAUUUUGGCUUAGCAAAAUUGUAUUCCAUAGAAGACAAUACUAUUUCUUUGACUGCUGCAAGAGGGACAUUGGGUUAUAUGGCUCCUGAAUUGUUCUACAAAAACAUUGGAGGUAUUUCAUACAAAGUGGAUGUUUAUAGUUUUGGAAUGCUCUUGAUGGAAUUGGUUGGCAAAAGAAAGAACCUGAAUGCUUUUGUCGAACAUUCAAGCCAGAUUUACUUUCCUACCUGGGUGUAUGAUCAAUUCAAUGAUGGGAAAGAUAUUGAAAUAGAAUGUGCUGCUGAAGAGGACAAAGAGAUAGUUAGAAAGAUGAUCAUUGUCGCAUUAUGGUGUAUACAAACGAAUCCUAGUAAUCGUCCUUCUAUGAAGAAAGUUGUAGAAAUGCUUGAAGGAGAAGUUGAACACUUACAAAUACCUUCUAGAGCUCCCCUAUCAUCCCCAGAAAGAGUGAUAAAAGAUUGUGAUCAAGAAAAUUCAAGUCAAGAUUGGCUAUCAAGUCAAACUUUGCCAUCAACUUCUUAAAGGAAAAGCUAGCAUCCAAGUCUUUACAGGCAUGUGGAUAACUGUACUCUUCUCCUAUUUGGUAGACUACAAAAGAUACUUUUUGUGUUUAUAAUUGAGUUUUAUUUGAAAAAGUUAGGAUGCUAUUCUCAGUUUGUAUCAGACAUUUUUUUCCCACUUUGUUAUAUUGGAUUGGACUAUAUUUGGCACUCAA